UUUUAGGGCCAGGUACACGCAUUCAGUUACCUCCCAUCCCUGAUCCUGGAGCAUUACAAUCGGGAAUCGGAGUUAAAGUGACUGUGCAGAUUGUUAAGAACAUAUAGAACAUAUAAAAAUUUAUUUAUUGCUUCAAAUUAAGUGUGCAGGCUGGUCCAGACGCGCACAAAACCAAUUAAUAUACCACGAUCAAGAAGUUAGCCAUAAAUUUUUGGAAGACAAAGAAACUUGGAAGAAACUAGUAACAGUAAAAGGGUGACAUUUUCUGACAGACAAUAAAAAAUGACUGAUUUGAAGUUAACUGUGGCACUAACCAGCGUCAAUGCCGAGAAUAUGUCCCGGCACGAUAUGCUCCAGUGGGUGAACAACAUGGUCCAAGGACACUUCAAGAAGAUCGAGGAGCUGUGCUCGGGUGCUGCCUACUGCCAGAUGAUGGAGAUGAUCUUUCCAAACUGCAUUAACCUGAAGCGUGUCAAGAUGACCGCCAAACUGGAGCACGAGUAUCUACACAAUCUUAGGCUCUUCCAGGAAGCCUUCAAUCGCUUGAAACUGGACAAAACGGUGCCAAUCGAUCGACUGAUCAAGGGACGCUUCCAGGACAACUUUGAGUUCCUGCAGUGGUUCAAGAAAUUCUUCGACUCGCAGGCACCGGGCUUGGAAAACAUUAAGUCGCUGGCCAAUGCGCCAGUGGUCAAACCCAUCAAGCCGCGCCAAUUCGCCAAGGAGCGAUCCCCAGUCAACGCCAAUGAUGACGCCCUCAAAGAUCUGAUUGAUGAAAUGAAGACCCUUAGCCUGAAGAGGGAGGAUAUCAUGGAGGCCAGCAAUCAAAUCUACAACAAACUGCGCCUGGUCGAGGAUCUGGUGAACGACAUGAUCAACAACAACCAGCAAGUUGAGUUGUGUAAACGCAUUCAAACGGUGCUCUACAAAACGAUAGAUGGUGUGAUCAACGAAGAACCCAUUGAAGUUAAUGAGGAUAAUGGAGAUGAAGACUGUGGAACUGCGGAUACCAACGACGGAUUAUAUUAAGCUAUUCUACACGUCUCGUUUUCUAUAAUUAUUUUAUUAUUUAUAAACAAAGCAUUAUCAAAUCA